AUGGGCAAAUCAAUUGUAAUUGUUGGUGCUGGUGUAAUUGGUCUAGACGUUGCACUCUUGCUUGCAGAACGUGGCUACGGUUCGCACAUUACAGUAGUAGCAGAGCAUCUUCCUGGAGACACGUCAAUAAAUUACACUUCGCCAUGGGCAGGGGCAAACUUCUCUGCCAUUUCCGGUGGUGAUGCGAAUGCGUUGCGCUGGGACAAGCUCGGGUAUGGACACAUGAUGAAGCUUGCUGAAGAGCACGGUGUGGAAGCAUGCAUAUCGAAAACACCAUCGUUCGAGUACUGGGAUGAGAUGCCAGCACGCGCGAAGAUCGAAUCCAUGGCUGAAUAUCUAAAGGACUUCAAGAUCCUGCCAAAAUCCGAGAUACCAGAAGGAUGCCAAUUUGGUGUUACAUUCACCACUAUCACAGUGAACGCACCUAGAUAUAUUCAAUAUCUCCAUCGAGUUCUGAAGGAGCAACAUGGUGUCCAAUUCGUUCGGGAAAAGUUGCCAAGCAUCGAGUCCGCCUUUUGCGAUCCAUCAACAAAGGUCGUCUUCAACUGCACUGGUAAUGGUGCGCGAACUCUCCAGGGUGUGCAGGAUGAAAAGUGUUACAACACCAGAGGACAGAUCCUACUUACACGAGCACCCCAUAUCGCCAAAAAUGUAAUGCGCCAUGGAAAAGACUACGAGACAUACAUAAUACCAAGGCCGCAGUCGAAUGGUAACAUCAUCCUGGGUGGUUUCAUGCAAAAGGGCGUGAGCACUGGAGACACGUUCUCAAGCGAGUCAGAAUCGAUAGUGAAACGCACCACUACCUUGCUGCCAGAACUGCUCACAGGUGGCAUGGAGGUCUUGGCUCCAUUUGCUGGCUUGCGGCCGUCGCGAGAGGGCGGUGCGCGCGUGGAAAGGACAGAUAUCGAGCUUGAUGCAUGCAGGACGGGUGUUCUUGUUCACAACUACGGCGCUGGUGGUACAGGAUUCCAGGCAGGUCUUGGAAUGGCGCAAGAUGCAAUAACAGCAGCGGAAGAUGUAUUAUCUGGCUUGCUGAAGCAGAGGAGUCGUCUGUAA